UAGCUGCGGCACUUCCUCGUUCCCGGCGCUCUGGUCCUGCGAAGGAAACGAAAGCGGCGCUCGCUGGGCCAGGCGGCUUGCGGGAGCGCUCGUCCUCGGGAGACCUCGGCUGCCCUGUUUUACGCAUGGCGGCUCCUAUUUUUAGGCUGGCGCGUGAGCCUUUUCCCGAUCAGUCUUUUGUGACACUAGCCACAAAUGAUUCCUAUGUAAAAGGAGCACUUGUCCUUGGAUCAUCGCUACGGAAUUACAGAACGACAAGGAGGUUGACAGUAUUGAUCACUCCCCAUGUAUCUGAUGCAAUGAGGACAGUCUUAGAAAAGGUCUUUGAUGAUGUGAAGCUGGUGGAUGUUUUGGACAGUGGUGAUUCAGCCCAUCUUGCACUAUUGAAAAGGCCUGAACUUGGUGUUACUUUGACAAAACUCCACUGUUGGGAACUAACACAGUAUUCAAAGUGUGUGUUUAUGGAUGCAGAUACAAUGGUCUUGUCAAACAUCGAUGAACUUUUUGAAAGAGAAGAACUUUCUGCAGCCCCAGAUCCAGGCUGGCCUGACUGUUUCAAUUCAGGGGUUUUUGUCUUUAGGCCUUCCAUUGAAACAUUCAAUCAACUGUUACAACUUGCCAGCGAGAAAGGCAGCUUUGAUGGUGGGGACCAGGGACUGUUGAACACUUUCUUCAGCAGUUGGGCAACUACAGAUAUUAGCAAGCAUCUCCCGUUUAUUUAUAACUUAAGCAGUAUUUCUAUUUACUCCUACCUCCCAGCAUUUAAAGCGUUUGGGAUGAAUGCUAAAGUUGUGCACUUUCUGGGCAGAGUGAAACCAUGGAAUUAUACAUAUGACUCCAAAGCAAAAAGUGUCAAAGAAGACGCUCAAGAUCCCACAAUGAUUCAUCCAGAGUUCCUCAAUAUGUGGUGGGACACUUUUGUCACAAAUAUCUUACCAUUAUUACAGCAGCAUGGUGUAAUCAAAGAUACAGCUACUGGUGUAAAAGCGGAAGAGGUAACAGAGGCAGUGUCCCACCUGUCACUUUCAGCAGCAGCAAUGCCACAUUUGCCACCUUCACCACCAGCUAUAUCCUCAGAAGAACGUAAAGAAAGAUGGGAGCAAGGCCAGGCUGACUACAUGGGAGCAGACAGCUUUGACAACAUCAAGAAAAAACUUGACACCUACCUCCACUAAAAGCACUUGUAUUUGCUCCCCCAAAUGUCAGCAAUACAAGGACUUGUUUCAGAGCUGUAGCAACUAGAAGUCAGCUAGGGUCAGUUAAGUUUGCCAGCAGCAUUGCCACUGCUCAACUGAAGGCUUUUGGUAAUACUGCAGGUAAGAACUGAGCAAAAGCUGUUUCAAGUAUGAAUUCUUGUGCCAAUCAUGUGUCCAGCAGUCAGAUCUUUUUGUUUUGCUCAAAAACCUAUGAAUUUGAGAACAGGACACUGGACUGGCCUGAAACAUACUACUUAGACCUAAAAGACUGUGCGUUACCUCUCCUUCCUUUCACACACAUCCACACCAAUAUGUUCUGCUUGCUACAAUAAAAUAAUGGCUAGAGAUUCAGGCAGCUAUAAUGGAACAGCCUUACAAUACUAGCAUAUGUAUAUGCAAUUUGGUAACUGUAAAGUUACCUUUCUGCCAGUUCCAGCCAUUUCUGACCAGAUUUCUAUGCACAAAAAUACAGCAUGGCAAAUGCUUUUGUUCAGUUCUCUAUAUGACUGAGACAAGUAAAUCUGUGAACUGUAAUGGCACUCAAAGUACAAAAUAAGGUUGUCAACCCAUCAAGUGGCAAUAAAAUCUGCGACCCUCUGAAGUC